AUGAGUUCGAAAAGUCCAGAUUCCGACAACGAUCCGAGGUACGCUUCCGUCACGGACGAGAGGAAGAGGAAGAGAAUGAUCUCCAACAGAGAGUCCGCUCGGAGAUCAAGGAUGAGGAAACAGAAGCAACUCGGCGAUCUCAUCAACGAGGUCACUGUUCUCAAGAACGAUAACGCAAAGAUCACCGAGCAGGUUGAUGCAGCUACGAGGAAGUACGUUGAAAUGGAGUCUAAGAACGAUGUGUUGAGAGCGCAAGCUGUGGAGCUGACGGAGAGGUUGAGGUCGUUGAACUCUGUGCUUGAGAUGGUUGAAGAGAUUAGUGGUCAGGCUUUGGAUAUUCCUGAGAUUCCUGAUUCGUUGCAGAACCCUUGGAGUGUUACUUGUCCGUUGCAAACCAAUCAGGGCUUCUGCUGA